UUAUUAUUUAAAUUUUAGGUUGUGGCCAGAGCCGAUCCUCACAUAGGACUUUUACACAGAGGGACAGAAAAAUUAAUUGAGUAUAAAACUUAUACUCAAGCUCUGCCUUAUUUUGACAGAUUAGAUUAUGUUUCAAUGAUGUGUAAUGAAGAAUGUUAUUCCUUAGCAAUUGAAAAGCUAUUAAAUAUUGACAUCCCUGUUCGUGCAAAAUAUAUUAGAGUGUUGUUUGCAGAAAUCACAAGAAUAUUAAAUCAUAUUAUGGCUGUUGGUACCCAUGCUUUAGACAUUGGUGCACUAACUCCAUUUUUUUGGUUGUUUGAAGAACGAGAAAAACUAAUGGAAUUUUAUGAGAGAGUGUCAGGAGCUCGUAUGCAUGCAGCUUAUGUUAGACCAGGUGGAGUUUCCCAGGAUCUUCCAAUUGGAUUACUAGAUGAUAUAUAUGAAUGGGCUGAGAAAUUUGGUCAACGAAUUGAUGAAGUUGAAGAUUUAUUAACAAAUAAUAGAAUAUGGAAACAGCGCACAAUUGAUAUUGGAAUAGUAUCUGCUGAAGAUGCUUUGAACUAUGGUUUCAGUGGUGUAAUGCUUCGAGGUUCAGGAAUCAAAUGGGAUCUUCGUAAAACACAACCAUAUGAAGUUUAUGAUAAGCUUCAGUUUGAAGUUCCAGUAGGUGUAAAGGGAGAUUGUUACGACCGAUAUUUGUGUCGUGUUGAAGAAAUGCGUCAAAGUCUUAAUAUAAUUGACCAGUGUUUAAAUCAAAUGCCAGCAGGUGAAAUAAAAGUAGAUGAUCAUAAGAUAGUUCCACCAAAAAGAGAAGAAAUGAAAUCAUCUAUGGAAGCAUUGAUACAUCACUUCAAGUUAUUUACUGAAGGUUAUCAAGUACCACCUGGUGCUACAUAUACAGCAGUAGAAGCACCAAAGGGAGAAUUUGGGGUGUAUUUAAUAUCUGAUGGCAGCAGUAGACCUUACAGAUGUAAAAUUAAGGCUCCUGGAUUUGCUCAUUUGGCUGCCAUAGAUCAUAUUGGAAAAAGGCAUCUGCUUGCAGAUAUAGUUGCAAUUAUUGGCACAUUGGAUGUUGUGUUUGGAGAGAUUGAUCGCUGAAUGCUUGAGUUAAUUAAUUUUGUUUAUUUAAAGCUGUAUAGAAAUCAAUAGUGUUAUAAACUUUAAUAAAAACUUGUACAAAGAUUAAAGUUUUAAUCUGGA